UAGCCGAUCUCACAUCGCUUCCACACCCACUCCCACUUAUCUUUCGCCCUCCCAUCCUUGCGUUUGCGUGUGGGGAAGGUCGCCGGAGAAUGGAGACCUUCUACUGGCUGCUCUUUGGCGGGCUAGCCGCGGUGGUGGCGGCUCUCGAGCUCAGCAAGACCGGCCGCGACCGUUCCGUCACUUCCGCCGCUUUCAACUCCUUCAAGAACAACUACCUCCUCGUCUACUCCCUCAUGAUGGCUGGAGACUGGUUGCAGGGGCCCUAUGUGUACUAUCUCUAUACUACGUAUGGGUAUGAUAAGGGAGAUAUUGGUCGGCUGUUCAUCGCCGGGUUCGGAUCUUCCAUGCUGUUCGGCACCAUUGUCGGUUCCCUUGCGGACAAACAGGGUCGGAAGAGAGCUUCUGUCACAUACUGUAUCUCCUACAUACUGAGUUGCAUCACCAAGCAUUCUCCACAAUAUAAGGUCUUGAUGCUGGGACGCAUAUUGGGCGGGAUCGCCACGUCGCUCUUGUUUUCUGCGUUUGAAUCAUGGCUUGUUGCAGAACACAACAAGAGGGGUUUCGAACCACGAUGGUUGUCUAUAACUUUUUCCAAGGCCAUAUUUUUUGGCAAUGGCCUGGUUGCCAUUGUAUCUGGGCUGUUUGCUAAUUUGCUGACAGAUAACUUGGGUUUUGGACCUGUUGCUCCCUUUGAUGCUGCUGCAUGCUUCCUUGCAAUUGGCAUGGCUGUUAUAUUGUCAACAUGGACUGAGAACUAUGGAGAUCCUUCAGAAAGCAAGGAUUUGCUCACCCAGUUUAAGGUUGCUGCAUCAGCUAUUUCUUCUGAUGAGAAAAUUGCUUUGCUGGGAGCAAUUCAGUCACUGUUUGAGGGCUCUAUGUAUACAUUUGUCUUCCUUUGGACUCCUGCUCUAAGUCCAAAUGAUGAGGAUAUUCCUCAUGGUUUCAUCUUUGCCACUUUCAUGCUCUCGUCGAUGUUAGGGAGCUCCACAGCAUCUCGGCUAUUGGCCCGUGCUGUACCCAAAGUUGAAUCUUACAUGCAGCUUGUAUUUUCGAUUGCAGCAUUUACUCUUCUCCUGCCUGUUAUUACUAAUUCCUUGAUAGCACCAUCAACGGUUAAAGGUGGGGGCAUUUCUUUUGGGGGUUGUAUUCAGCUCUUUGGAUUCUGUACAUUUGAAGCAUGUGUUGGAAUAUUUUGGCCAUCCAUUAUGAAAAUGCGAUCCCAGUACAUUCCUGAGGAGGCUAGGAGCACAAUCAUGAACUUCUUCCGCAUUCCCCUUAACAUAUUUGUCUGCGUUGUUCUUUACAAUGUGAGUGCAUUCCCUAUGACCGUCAUGUUCGGCAUGUGCUCUGUUUUCCUUUUCCUUGCUGCAAUUCUACAGAGGAGAUUGAUGACCGUUGCUGAGAUCCACAGAUCAACAGAGUCUCAAGAUUGGUCUUCUUUGAAGGAGAGGGAUGAUGAAGCAGAGCCACUGAACAUAUGAUGAAUCAAAAAAAGUGGCGUUCAAAACACAAAGGCACGAUCUUUCGCCAUAGUUCUUAGGGGUUCCUUUGGCUGAUAAGCUGAUGCACAAUAAGUUUGCUACACUCAUAAGUGGACUAGUAUGCUACCAGCCAAACAGCAUCAGAGAAGCAAGGAUCCAAAUUAAGUGAGGUUUACUCUAGAUUCUUAUUUUUUUAAUUUGUUCAAGCGCUGCAAAGUUCGUAGGCAUUUGUCUAUUGCAGUAAUCAAGUCAAUUCCAGAAUUUGUUUUCCUAAAAUCUCUAUGGUUCCUUCUCUACUUCUCACUCAUUAAUGUUUCUUGGUCGUCAAGUUCAUUGUGUAUUCAGAAUGUAAUAAUGUAAUCAAUAUUGAAAGUCUUCAAAUUAAAUACAUAUUGAUAUUCCUAGA